ACAUAACUGCAUGUCUCGAUCUUUUAAUCUUGUUUUUUUUUAAGUAACUCGCACAUUACAUAAUAUAUGAAGUUACUUCAUCAAGCUUACCGUUUGUUGGUUAUUAUACUUUCAUUAGUAACAGGAACCUCAAAAGCGGCGCGUAAUUACGCGAAGCCAGGGUGCAAUGAUAUGUGUGGAAACGUGAUGAUUCCAUACCCUUUUGGAAUUGGAUCAAAUUGUGCUGUAAAUGAAUGGUACAAUGUUGAUUGCGUGAUCUCGGAACGGCCAUAUCUAUCUGAAUUCAACAACCUUGAGGUAUUGAAUAUAAACUUGGAACAACAAACCGUAACUGUGAAUGCCUCGGUAACUUCUGAUUGCCAGAAUCCUGUCCGGGACAGCAAUCAAAUCUUAAACGUUGAUCUUGAUAACAGCCCGUUUUUGUUUUCCAGAUCACGCAACAAAUUUGUUGUGGAAGGGUGUGGUAAUGCGGUCAUCUUGGACAACAAUCGUAGAUUAAUACUCACGGGUUGUUCCAACACUUGUCGCAAUGACACUUCUAGCGACAAAAAUAAGUGUAUUGGAAUCGGUUGUUGUGAAAUGACCCUUCCUUAUUAUCUCAAGUCCUACAGUGUGAAUCUUACCGCCUUGGAAAGCCUGGGUCGCCAAAAUGGAGCUUGUGGGUCGGUUUACUUGGUUGAUGAGGAAUCAUAUCUUGGUCAUGGUAGCUCCUAUGUGCCAUUAUCACUUUUGUGGACGCUAGUGGAACGCGAUAUGAAUCAAAUAAGUUGCAAGUCUUUGCGGCCCUCUAGACUGAAAGUGGAUUUGGGUAACCGCACUUCAAUGGAGUCUUGGAAAUGCAAUAUUAGAUACGGAAACUCAUCAUCAAACGAAAACCCUUAUUUACUUUUUGAUGAAGAAAAAGAUGAGUGUGUGCGGUGCAGAGAUAGCGGAGGUCGCUGUGUCUAUGACACCGAAUAUGUUGAUGGCAUUGCUUACAACAGGAACUUCACUUGUAAAUAUGAUCCAAGAAAUCCUGACAAUUAUAAAACCAAAUCAGCUGGAUCGCCUUUGGGGUUUAUAUUAGGUGUCAGCUUAAGUGCGGGUGUCAUUUAUUUUGUGGCAAUCGGUUACGCAAUUUACAAAUUGAUCAUGCGUACAAAAGACAAUAGACGAAGAAAAUUGUUUUUUAAACGCAAUGGUGGAUUACUCCUAAAACAACAAGAAGAAGCUGACCCGUCUGCAAUUGAUAAAAUUAUAUUUUUCACAUCACGUGAAUUGGAGAAGGCCACUAACAACUUCAACGUGAACAGAAUUCUUGGACGAGGAGGCCAAGGUACAGUGUAUAAGGGGAUGUUAGCUGAUGGAAGGAUUGUGGUGGUUAAGAAAUCAAAGAUAGUAGAUGAAAGACGAUUGGAGCAGUUCAUCAAUGAGUUGGUCAUACUUUCCCAAGUCAAUCACAGAAAUGUGGUCAAACUCUUGGGAUGUUGCUUAGAGACAGAGGUUCCUCUAAUCGUUUCUGAAUUCAUUUCGAACAAGACCUUGUAUGACCACAUUCAUUUUGAACCCGAUGAGUUCCAACUUUCUUGGAAAAUGAGAUUACAAAUAGCAACCGAGGCUGCCGGAGCACUUGCUUACUUGCAUUCAGCUACCUCAAUUCCAAUAUACCAUAGAGACAUCAAAACAACCAACAUACUCUUGGAUGAUAAGUACAGAGCUAAAGUUUCCGACUUUGGGAUUUCAACGUUCACGUCAAUUGACCAAACUCAUAUGACUACAUUAGUCAAGGGUACGUGUGGCUACCUAGAUCCAGAGUAUUCCCAAUCUAGCCAAUUCACUCAAAAGAGUGACGUUUAUAGUUUUGGAGUUGUUUUGGUUGAGUUGUUGACAGGAGAAAGACCAAUUUCCGUAAUUAGAUUUGGUGGAAAUAGAAGUUUGGCUAUGCACUUUGUUUUGGCUAUGGAAGAAGGGCUUGCUAUGUCUAUUUUUGAUCUGAUGGUGAUUAAAGAAGCUACCAAGGAUGAGCUACAGGCGGUAGCAAACCUUGCAAUGCGAUGCUUAAAAAUGAAUGGGAAGAAUAGGCCAACAAUGAAAGAAGUAGCUACAGAGUUAGAAACCAUAAGGACGUCACAUAUUCCCUCUAUUCUAUAAAAUUAUACUGGACUUGUAAUGUACUAAUGUUUAUGGGGGAAUUAUCCAGCCAUGCUAACAUAGGCAAAUCAACAUCAAGACUCUUGAGCCUGUCGAUGGUCAUAUUAAUCAUCGAUAAAGAGAAGUUAAAGACGGUUAUAUACUUAUUUUUCAUCAUGCAUGUAAAUAAUAUAUAGCUUACACUUCCAUUUAUCAUAUCGUGCUGUUGAGUAUGUAAUAAAAGCAUAAAUCUACCUGAAGUAUCCGACU